UUUUUUGGUUACUACAUGGUUCCAUAUGUGUUAUUUCAUAGUUUUGAUGUCUUCACUGUUAUUCUACAAUGUAGAAAAUAUAGAAAAACCCUUGAAUGAGGAGAUGUAUAUGAUAUGUACCCGUAUCUAUUCCAAAAUCUUUGGGUCUCAAUUUUGCUUGAUGUUAGGGAGGGGAACUUAGUUUAAAAUAGCCAAGGAGAAGGGGGUACAUUUUAAGAGACGGACAUGUCUAAAGAAAAACACAAAUGAACUGUCGGUCAGUCAACCGUUUGCUUAAAUUGAUUAAUUUGGAUUUAUUUAUGAAAUGUUUAGACGUUUAGUCUCGGGAGAGUUAUUUAUUCUAAAGUGGAGACUUUCGCAGUCGUCGAAAUGUCAGAGGUUACUGUCGUGCAACUCCGUUAUCGGUCCCGACCGUGGACAGGACCUGUCGAGAGAGGAGCGAACUGUUCCGACCGAACGGACGUGUUCCUCAAACUCACAGGUUCCUUCCCGACCUGAGAAACAGAAACGGGUGUGUAAAGUCAUAUUGGACCAUUUUGACCAACAGUACGGCCAAGAACUUGGUCCCCUAUGGCCGUCUGCAAGGGCUGUGUUGUUGAACCCUGGGGGCUGGCAGUAUGGAGUGAUGCUCAACCGCUUUACUGAUGUGUCAGACGUCAAACGGCGCCUCCAAGGGCAAGGCUUCAUCAGCCUACUACCCCACACAGACCUGCCUCUCAUCUCCUCUCUCCCCCAGCCUCCCCCUACCUCUCCCACUCAGCCUCCCCCUACCUCUCCCACUCAGCCUCCCCCUACCUCUCCCACCCAGCCUCACCCUACCUCUCCCACCCAGCCUCACCCUACCUCUCCCACCCAGCCUAGCUCCAUCCCUCUCCCCGGUCCUCCUCUCCCUCCCUCCCUGCAGUGUUUCAUCCACCCCUCCCCAGUGCGUUACCCCGGUCCUCCUCACCGCCGGGGCCAGUUGAAACCCUACUUCCUGCUGAACGCUGCCUCUCUGCUGCCUGUCUUAGCCCUGGGGGUGGAGGAGGGGGACAGGGUCCUGGAUCUCUGCUCUGCUCCUGGAGGGAAGGCCUUGGCUAUACUACAGACUGCUGACCCAGCUCUGUUGUGUUGUAAUGAAAUGGACCCACACCGACGUGAUUGGCUGGCCAAAACACUGGAAUCCUUCAUCCCCCAAUCGCUGAGCAGCACUGUCACCGUGUCCAAUCAGGAUGGACGGAUCUUUGGGCAGAGUGAAGCCGGAACGUAUGACAAGGUGCUGCUGGAUGCUCCAUGCUCUAAUGAUCGUAGCUGGCUGUUCUCCUCUGGACCAGGAGGGGAGCAGAGAGGAGCUGUGAGGUUGAGGGAGAGGGCCAGGCUGCCCACACUACAGACACAACUGCUCAGGUCUGCGCUGGCUGCAGUGCGUCCGGGGGGCGUGGUCGUCUACUCCACCUGCACCCUGUCCCGCUCUGAGAACCAGGAAGUGGUGGAGGCGGUCCUAAACACCUGUCCAGGGGUGGAGCUUCAAGACUUGGAGGAGGAGCUAGCCCUCCCACUCCAGGAACACUUCACCUUCACCCCAUUAGGCCACACCCCCUCGUUAGGCCUCCUUGUGGUUCCACAGCAGGGUCAGACCUGGGGACCCAUGUUCCUGUCGCGCAUCAAGAGGAUUCACUGACUGGUUGAUAGACUCGCUGACUUCCUGUCACGCAUCAGGAGGACUCACUGACUGGCUGGUUGGUUGAUGGACUCGCUGUCACGCAUCAAGAGGACUCACUGACUGAGCAUGUCAGACACUGAGGCUGGUCUUCAAGGAUUCCACAAUGCAACAUGUUUUCAUGUGACGGCUACUGCUAACGAGCUAACUCUCUAGGGUUGCGUUCCAAAUGGCACUCUAUAUAGCACACACAAGUAGUGCACUAUAUAUAGGGAAUAGGGUUCUAUAGGGCCCUGGUCUAAAGUAGUGCACUAUAUAAUAGGGAAUAGGGUUCUAUAGGGCUCUGGUCUAAAGUAGUGCACUAUAUAGGGAAUAGGGUUCUAUAGGGCCCUGGUCUAAAGUAGUGCACUAUAUAAUAGGGAAUAGGGUUCUAUAGGGCUCUGGUCUAAAGUAGUGCACUAUAUAGGGAAUAGGGUGCGAUUUAGGAGGCACACUUUGUUUCACAUGCUCUUUGCCCAUGUUUCUAUCUGGCAUCAAGAAGACCCACUGAACUCUUAAAUAAAGGUAAAAUAAAAAAAAUAAAAAAAUC